CAUCUACUAGAUCAAGCUGCCAUCCUCAAACACUUGAAAUGACUAAACUGGCAACCACUAGGUCACAUGACUAGGUGUUGCAACUAUUUUAACGCCUUUAAGUUAGUUCGGUUGUCGUAGUAACUGUACUUGACAUCUCCUUCCAUGCUGAAAACUCCUCUACAUGCAAUUGUGUUGGGAUACCAUAAGAGAUAUCCGAUCCUCAAGUAGAGACACAAGAAGGCGUUUGUAAGGUAGUCUUAAAUUUUGUUUACAAAAGUCCUUACUUGAAGCUAAACAGUGAAGAGUCAAAAGUCACGCUGACCUUUAAGACCUGCUAAGCAAAGCAGUCAAAAGUGGAACGACCAGCCAAACCGGACCAUUGUCUAAGUGCAUUGCAGCUUCAAGACGAACUGUGCUGACAGGGUGGUUUAUUCUGCUCAAAGGUUAUUUACCCUGAUUUUCAAGUGACGCGCUAUUUUUCUGCAAAGAAUCAAACAAGAUGAUUAGCACGAAAAUUCUACUGGUGUUUCUCAGCGGCAGUGUAAUUACCUGCAUGGCAGCUGACUGGAGCUACGAUGGCAAAAACGGCCCAGAUGAAUGGCCAAAGCAUUUCAAACAUUGUGGAGGCAAGCAGCAAUCGCCAGUCGACAUUAAACCAAACGACUCAAAAUUUCAGCGAAGAAAUCUCGAACACAAUUACAAAGGAAAACAUGCAAAACUAGAGUUCAGUCUGGAAAACAACGGUCAUUCCGCCCAAGUUACACUGGAGAACACUGGAAAAUUGGCAGCAAAAGUCAAUGGAGAUGAAUUUGUGCCUGUGCAAGUUCAUUUUCACUGGGGAAGCUCUAAUAAUGUUGGGUCUGAACAUAAAGUCAAUGGCAAGCAGUAUGCAGCUGAGAUGCAUUUCGUGCACAUGAACAAGAAAUACGAAUCUUCGGAUGAGGCCCUGAAACACAAGGAUGGCCUUCUUGUACUUGGAUCUUUCAUUGAAGUUGGAGAUGAAAAUUCAGAUCUUAAACCCAUUUUCAGUCAACUGGACGAUGUUGGAGAACAAGGUGAAAAGACUGAAGUUGAUGAUCUCGACAUAAGCAAACUGAUGCCAUCUAACAAGAAGGACUUCUACUUUUACGACGGUUCACUAACGACUCCUAAGUGCAACGAAGCAGUCAAAUGGAUUGUGUUCAAGGACACAAUCAGCAUUUCAGAAGACCAGAUUGCUGCAUUGAGGUCACUAAAACACAAGGAUGAGGAAGGGAAGGACAAGCCUAUUGUUGACAAUUUUAGGCCAGUGCAAGCACUGAAUGGACGCGUCAUCUACCGUACAUUUAAAGAUGAAUAAACCAUCUUCACUUUUUCAGCUAACAUUUGUUAGUAUUCUUCUACAGCAAUUGAGUAAAAAUGCUUUGAAAACAUA